AUGCCCACGUGGAAGUAUCAAAAGGCUGGUGGAGGCGUGAAGCUCCUACCAGUGUCAACGCAGGUGCCAGAUCGUCUCCCGUCCAAGAUCAAAACAGAAGGGGCAGCGCCUGCUUCUCCCGUUUCUCUACUGAAAUCGCUUCGCGAUUGGACCAUCAAGGACAGCGGCGGCGGCUCCAGUUCAUCUGUAGACACAAACACGUAUCACAACACGAAGAACUCUUCAAUGUUCAGACUCGGCACGGGAGCAACCACGGAGGACCAGACCCAUCUGAGCAAGCAAAAUGUUGACGAUGUCUUGGAGAUCAUCACUCGUCAGCACCAACAGAGAAUCAGUGUUCUGGAUCAAAACACGAAAGUGUUCCCGGAUUCCAAUCUGACUCUUUUGCCCGUCUUUCAAGACGGUCAAUGGACUCUCGGCUAUUACUCAGCGGCCGGGCUGGCCGUGUACGAAUCACUUCCCGACUUGUCCAGGCGCGAGGCCAUGGUAGAAUAUUUUCAAGACUACCGCAAGACACAACGCGGCUUGCUCGUCACGAUCACAGCUCCACUGAUCCGCCCAAAGUUUCACGAUUCCGGCGUGUACCUCCUAGUCACGGCUAUGCUCCUCAUAGCAGAGUGCGAUCUCCCGAGCAGCAUUGACUACGACUUCUGGAAAGAGGUGUUGAAGCAUAUACUUCCGUCUCAUGUAGACUACCGAGUCAUUUCUCAGCCCAGUCUAUCAAACACGCCAUCGUCAAGUGGUCGCUUAGAUCUGGCCAACUUUGGACUAUCGGCUGGGGUUUCGCCAGACUGCCAGGGAUGCUUCUUUCAUAACAAUCGGAAGGUGCGCAUUAAGAAUUUCAGCCUGGAGAUGUUACCGAAGUACCGUCAGUCGUUGCAGUCGGCUGAGAAGGCUUGCCAUGCACUGUCCAAGUUGACAAAAGUGCCAUCAAAAAAAGGUGGACGUGCUGCCAGUGAAAACAGCCGCCGGGUCAUGCGAGCACUGCAGUUCGCCAAGUCGUCCAAGAGUUGCCUGCAGUCGGAAAUAGACAGGCUUGUCGUUCAGGGUAACUGA